UUACACAAACAUGGCGCGGCGCAGGAAGCGUUCACGUGUAGACGAGGGUGCCGAAAACGCUGUCGAAACGCAAGAAAGGCUACCCCCGGUCUCCAGAAAAUCAGAUGAACCACCGGAGAAAAAGUACAAAUGGAUCAACAAGCAGCGUGUCAUGAUCUUCGCUUCAAGGGGGAUCACGUUCAGAGACAGGCAUCUGAUGCUUAACCUUCGCACAUUGCUGCCUCAUUCGAAGCCGGAGUCCAAGAUGGAGAAGAAGGACCCUCUUGUGGUCAUCAACGAAAUAUGUGAAAUGAAGAACUGCAACAAGUGCUUGUACUUCGAGAACAAGAAGAGAAAAGAUCUCUAUUUGUGGGCAUCCAAUGUACCGAAUGGGCCGUCUGUCAAGUUUCUUGUUGAAAAUGUUCACACAAUGGAGGAGCUGAAGAUGACUGGGAACUGCCUGAAAGGCGCACGACCACUCCUUUCCUUUGACAAGGCAUUCACUGAGAACCCGUUUGCUAAGCUGAUGAAGGAGUUGCUCUCACAGAUUUUUGGCACGCCGCGGUACCACCCAAAAAGCCAGCCAUUUGUUGACCACGUGUUCACCUUCUCGCUGCUGGAUCACCGGAUAUGGUUCCGCAACUACCAGAUCGUGGAGGAGACUGGCGCUCUCGUCGAGAUUGGACCUCGGUUUGUGCUCAACCCCAUCAAGGUCUUCGAGGGCAGCUUUGGAGGAGCUGUCAUCUUCAGCAACCCGCAUUAUGUGACUCCGAGUGAGCAUCGCCGCUCCCUGAAAUUGGCUGCUGCCGGCAAGUACAAGGAAAGGAAAGAGGCCAGGGCCAACCUCAAGCAUCGCAUUGCCGAAGGCCCAGCACCAUCUAAUCCGCUGGACGACAUUUUCCAGACUGUUCCUCCCGAAAAAGCAAAGGGUCGAGACAAGCUACUGUUUCGACGGAAGAAAUAGACACAUUGUUAUAUUUGUACA